AUGACUACCACCACUACGACACCAGCACCACAGGACAACAAAGAGUUCCUCGCCAACCUCCCCGACGUCCUCGAGAAGGCUCGAACCGACGGAGGUAUCCCAGGCAUGAGCGUCGCUAUCCUUCACAAAGGCGAGCUUGUCUUUGCCCAGGGGUUCGGGAAGCGCAAUCGCAGCGACCCAUUCACCAAGGAGACAGUGACCCAUAUCGCAUCGGUUUCCAAGGCAUUCACGGCGACUGCAAUUGGUGAACUGGUGGCAGAGGGCAAGGUUGACUGGAACAAGACCCCGGUCUCUGAAUACCUCCCUGAGUUCCAACUCAAGGACCCUGUCUUGACGAACAGCCGAACCCCCAAAGAGUUGAUCAAGCAGCUCAGGCACGUCGACAUACCCUCGUCCAAGAUGACCCCCUUCAUGAACUACAACAACAUCCUAUACGCCGUCGCCGGAGAGGCUGCCGCCAAUGUCGCCGGAGUGUCAUACCCCGAACUGAUCAAGAAUAGGAUUUUUGAGCCCCUCGGUCUUAGGAGCGCAGGACUUUCGCACCUGGAGAUGGCAAGACAGCCCAACUACGCAAUGCCAUACGAUGCCGACUCCUUUGAUGAUGCCAGGAACGGUAUCUUUGAGGAAGGAUUUAUCGAUCCAAUCCCCAUGUCCGAUGCCCCCGCUGGAGACAUUUUUAUGAACGCAAUGGAUCUGGCCAAGUGGGGACGUGUGAUCCUGAAGGGGGGCGAGCUGGAUGGAAAGCAGGUCUUGAACAAGAAGAGCAUCCAGGAGACCCUCAAGGCUCAGAGUAUCGUGAAUGAUGAAGAGCGUCGACCUGGCUUUUCCCCUACUCUGGGAUACGGCCUUGGCUGGAUGUUGGAUUCUUACAAGGGUGGAUCCAACCCAGGUUACCAAUCGAACCUGGCCUUUUUCCCUGACGACGACCUUGUGGUUGCGCACUUGACCAACAUCGACGUCACCGAGCUCCCCUUCUCCCUACUCCACUACAUUGCCGAUGGAAUGCUGGGUCUGCCCACGACGAUCGAAUGGCUGUCGGACGAGACAGCCGUCCAGGAAACGAGAGAGUCAUACGAAGAAGUCGCCAAGGACCUCGAAGGUGGCGACGACUUCCCAGAGCGCAUGGAGAAUCAGCCUCCCAGCCACACGUUGGCCGACUAUGCCGGUGUGUACACGCACCCAGUCUACGACACGAUCACAAUCCGUCUCGAGGAAGAGGACGCGUCUUUGCACUUGAAGAUGCGGACGCUCGACAGCAAGGUGGAACACUAUCAUUUCGAGUUGUUUACAGCACUGCUUCGAGAGUUUGGGGUCAAGUCACUUGUUCCUUUGACGUUUGUUACGGCGAACAAUGGGCGUGUCGAGGGCCUGAGGACCGUUCUGGAUGAUGAUGUCGUCCUUGAGUUCAAGAAGGAGGAGAAGGAGGAGGCUCAGUAG